CUCUCAAGAUGCUAGUGUUUUUGAUAAUAUGUUUAUAAAACAUAGAGUAAACUGUGAUGAUAAAAAGAACAAUGCAGGUAACCGGUUGAUUGAUUUCUGUAAAUUCAAUGACUUAUUUAUAUGCAAUGGUAGAACCGGUCACGAUAAAAGUGUUGGUAAACUCACUUGUAAAAACGCUAGUGUGGUUGAUUAUGUAUUAUGCUCGUCAAAGCUUGUUAAAAAUAUCGAUGAUUUUGAAAUCUUAGAUUUUAAUUCCUUAUUAUCUGAUGUACAUUGUCCAAUUUCAUUUACCUUACAUUUUGACGAUGUUUUAAAUACUACUAUUUCAUGUAAUAAUCCAACAAAAAUGGAGGAGGGAAUUAACAAAUGGAAGGCUGAAAAAGCGGUGGAUUUCGUUAAUAAUAUUGAUGAUGACUCGAUCAAAUAUAUUACUGAUUUGAUUAAUAACUGUAAUGACCCAUUGGAACUUAAUAUUGACGAGCUGAUAGAUAAAUGUUGUAAUAUAUUAUUGCACGCAGCUAAAAAUUCACUUGGCAUUAAUAUUAAGAAACGUAAUGUGAAUAACAAGUCAGUCGCAUCCAAUAAACCCUGGUUUGAUCUUAAUUGCAAAAAAGCUAGAAAAACAUACAGACAAUGUAAAGUUCAGUACAGACGGCGUCGUAACGAGUAUUUUUAUAAUAAAUACAAAGAAUCUGAAAAAGCUUAUAAAUAUACUAUGAAUAAAAGUAUUAAAACUUAUAAAUAUGAUGUACGAAAAAAGUUGGAAACUAUGAAAAGCAAGAAUCCAAGAGAUUAUUGGAAGCUGCUGAAAGGUAAUGGAAAUAGAAAACCUAAAGGAAAAAUUCCUCUAGAUACUUUUUUCAAUUUUUAUAAAGACCUCAACGCAAGUGUUGAUGAUGGUAUUACUGAUUUACAUGAAGGUCAUGAUGGCCCUAUUAAUGAAUUUUUUAAUUCUGAUAUAACCAAAGAUUAGGUUGAAAAGGCUAUUAGAUCUUUGAAAAACAACAAAU